CAGAUGCAAUACAAAAGCUUGUAUUUAUUUUAUUUAUCAGCGUUCGAAUCUUUCCGAUCAUCAUCGCACAACUGCAAACUUUGAUUUCUUGAGCAAGUAUAGAUUGAACAUGUCGUACGGCAGAGGUGGUGGGUCUAGCAGUAAUGGUUUCAACGAAGACCGAGAGAGUAUGUUGCAAUCCGAACGGCGUGAGCGUCUGAUGGAGAACGAGAACGACCAAAUUGCGAUCGAGUUGUCGAACAAGGUUGGAGCUCUCAAGAACCUCACUCGUGGCAUUCACAGCGACGUUCAGGAACAUAAUAGUUUUCUUGAUAGUCUUCAAGACAAAUUUGGAGAAUCUGGAAGAGUACUCGGUGGAGCUAUGGAAAAGCUCACUGAGCUUGUAAGCAGCGGGAGUGGAAUGAGCAUAUGCAGAAUAGUUGGGAUAUGCACUGCUCUAUUCUGUGUACUGUACUGGAUUUUAAAAUGAUGGCUGGGUAUUCGGAGAUACAAUUGCUUCAUCGACAGGUUAUGGCGAGCGUAGGAUAUUAUACAUUACCAGGAGUAGGCUGGUAGCUGGUGCUCAUUAUUGUGUGAUCGAGAAUAUAUUUGACAAUUCUGGAUCUGCAAAAUUGAACCGGAUACCAUGACUGAAGUGGGUGUACUUUUGAGUGUUUGGGCUCAUUUUGGGUCGAAUAUGGAUAGGCUUCGAAAUUAUGCAAUGAGGCGCGUUAAUAUUCAGCUUGUAUUCGUGGAAUCGGAUUUGGCGAGCAAUACAUGAAAACAUAGAUAUGCAGACUCGCGCACUGUACAGAUAUGACUUCUGCUUCUGCUUCAAACUCAAUUGUCGUAGUACCGGCACUACACUGUUACAGUGGGCACACAUGUGUAUGUGUACAGCCUAUUUGAGUUUUUGAACGACUUACGCUAUACAAUUUAUAAAAUAGUGCUACAAUUUGAUUUCGCAUGUGUAAAAUAAGUAUUUGUAUGUGCCCCCUGGAUAAUGUCACACAAUUUUUAGUUCCAGCAAGGACUGCGAACAGUUAACCAGCUUGUGCAGUUAUGAACAGUGGAAGUGUGUCAAAAUCAAUUUUACUGUCCGUUUUCGAGCAUCCAACAACAUCACCUCGCA